AUGUCCACCUCCCCCUCCCCUUCCCGCGAAUCCUACGCCGUAAUCGGCGGCGAAGGCUUCCUCGGCGCAGCACUCGUCUCCGCUCUUCUCGGUCGCCAUCCAGUCUCGCGCGUCGCCUCCCUCGGCCUCACUCAGCGCCGCUUCGACCCCGAAGGCGAAUACCGAUUCUUCCGCACCGACAUCACCUCUCGCGAGUCGAUCGUCGAGGCGUUCCGUGCUUCAGGCGCGACGACCGUCUUCCAUACGGCGAGUCCGCAUGCGAAUGCGACGCCCGAGAUGUGGCAGAAGGUCAACGUGCAGGGGACAGAGGCGGUCGUGCAGGCGUGUCGAGAGGCGGGCGUGCGCAAGCUCGUCUUCACGAGCUCGAUGACGGCUGUGUACCGACCUGGAGUGCCUUUGACGAACGUCGAUGAGCGGUUACCUCGGAUCGAGACGGAGGAAAAGGUGCCAUCUUAUGCUGGGACUAAGGCUGCUGCAGAGAAGAUUGUGCUCGACGCGAACGGCAAGGACGGUCUGUUGACUUGCGCGAUUCGGUUAGGCGGCAUCAUCGGCCCCGGCGACCGUCAAGUCUUGCCAGGCUUCAUCGGCGUCUGGAAAGACGGCCAGUCCGCCUUCCAGAUGGGCGACAACCGCAACAUGCUCGACUUUGUGACGGUCAAGAACGCCGUCCACGCGCACCUCCUCGCCGCUGAUAAACUCGACGCGCCGCCUCUCUCCCCCGACGAUUUCGAGGUCCGCAUCAAGCCUGUUGCGUGUACGGUACCAAGACGGAAUCUCCCAACGUCGGAACAGCCCGACGCGAGCGCCGCUAAACCCGAUCCGCCUCUUCCCGCCUCCCGCAAUCGCUGGAACCAGUUCUUCCCCCUCACCGACGACCCAUCAUCCGCUCCGUCCCUCUCCGUUGCCGGCCAAGCCUUCUUCAUCACCAACGGCGAGCCAGUCUCGUUCUGGUCCUUCGCGCGAGCAGUCUACUUCGCCUAUUCUCGCCGCCCACCGAGGUGGUUUGAGCCUGUCGUCCUACCGAGCAGUGUGGGGAUGCUGUAUGCGACUCUGUGUGAGUGGGCGGGGUGGUGCGUGGGGAAGAGGCCGGAGGAGUGCGCGGUCAACCGGGCGUACAUGCAAUACGUCCUGCACGACCUCUAUAUGGACAUCGAGCGGGCGCGACGAUUACUUGGGUAUGAGCCGAUUGAGAGCCUCGAGGAAGGCAUACGGACGGGUGUCGAAUGGUACAAGAUGGAUGAACGGCGCCGGGAAUGA